AUGUGGGCACGAGUCGAAGUCGCAGUCCUCCGGGCUCGCAACCUUCCUGCCAUGGACCGGUCGGGAACGUCUGACGCGUUCAUGGCUGCGCAUUGGUCGACGUGUCGCUGUGGGGUGCAGCAGACAGGACUUCGCUCGUUGGCGAACAUGGUGGCCGACUCAAGUUCAAUUGAUGGAAUUCGCUCACGAUCAGCAAGCCUCUCAACUGGAUCGUCGGGCUUGCUAGCGGGCUCGGCAGCUGUUGGCUCGCCAGAGAAGGAGAAGAAGGACAAGAAGAAGAAGAAGAAGAGGAAUCGCGGACGGACGCUGUUUGAGCUCUCCAAGAAAGAGCGGAAGAAAGCGCUAAAAAACAAGUCGCUCUGCCCUGUGUGGGACGAUGCCAUUUUUGUUCCACUCGCCGAGGGCGGCGAGCUCCCGUUCUCGCCCUGGAUUGACGGGUCGGCCUCGGCGGAGCGCCACUCGUGCGGCAAGAUUGCGCUCGAGUGCUGGGAUGCGGAUCGGAUGUCCAACGGGCUCAUCGGUGUGGUCGAGCUCGACACGCUCCACUACCCGGUCUCGGACUUUGGCGCCAUCACGCGCUGGAUGCCGCUCAAGACGAGAACGGUGGUCGGCGAGGGCGAGGAAGCGCACGAGGUCCUUCGCCGCGGCCAGGGCGAGAUCCUUGUUCGGGUCCAGCGGUUCCGCGGCUCGCCGGUGACGCCCGAGACUGGCGCGCUCGCCGAGUGGCUCUUUACCCAGCGACCGGCGACGCUGCCGAACCUCGCUGUCGACAUUGCCGCUCAUUCGGAUGUGGUCUUUGACGUCGAGCCGGAGGCCGGCAAGGCCUCGCUGCAGCUGCGGUUUGAUCCGCACGCCGGCGGCAAGCGGGUUCGCAAGGCCGAUCUUGCGCUGCUAACCUCGGUCCUCCUCCCACGCGCCGCCGCUCCGCGCCUCCUCCACGCCUUUGACCAGUACUUUACGGGGCUCGAUGAGGGCGACGUGGGCUCUGUGGCGCGCGGCGUGGCGCACCUCCUGGGCGCCGGCGUCCUGCCCGAGUCUGGCGCCAUUGUCUCGCUCUUCAAGACCCUUUCGGUUGACAUGGCGUUUCCGGCGCUCAAGGAGCUGUUUGACGCCGUCUACGAGUCUUUCCCCUUUGUGGUGGCGCCCGAGUGGGAUGUUGAGGUCUCUUUUGAUCGCCAUGCCGUCGUCGUCUUGCGAACGUUCCGGGCCAGCUCUGCCGCACCCGACACACUCCCGUUCUCUUUUGCGGCGACGCAGGAGGUUGUCUUUGACCAGUCGGUCUCGCGGCGGGUGUCGACCAAGGUCUCGGUCGACCCGGCGUCGAUGGAGCUUGACGGCAUUGGCUCCAAGUCGCUGCGGAUGUCGCUUGCCAACGUGCUUGCCGAGUUUGUCGACCCGGUCGCCAUCUUUAUGCCCAUCUGGGCCCGCUCGUUUGCAGAUCCGUCGUCGCUGGUGGCGCGCGACAUUCCACGGCUUGUCGACAACAUCUCGGUGGCGGUCAGCGAGGAUAUGGUCUGGUCGCGGGCUGCCGUGAGCGAGGACGGCGCACACGGGUUGUCCGGCAACGCGGCAUGUGUGUACUCGCUCAUCAAGACACUGGCGACUGCGCUCGACGGCGAGGCCGCUGGUCUCCGCGGCGCCGAAGCGUUGGCGAUCGAGCUCGCCCACCCGUCGCGGCAGCUGGCCGACUCACUCCUGGCGUGGCUGGUGAGCGAGGAGGCGCGCGGCGCGCUGCCGCGGAGCCUGGCGGUGCUAGCUACGCUGACGCAGGACAUUCUCAUUCCUGGCGUGCGGAUGAUGCGCGACGCGGUGUAUGAGGCCUUUCCGUACCGUGACUACCGCGGCAGCGAGCACCGGGCGUGGGCCAUCAGCAUCGAGCUGCCUGCGGCCAACGGCCCGGCUGCGCCUGUGACGGUUGUUCAUCAGCGACGCGAGCAGUCGCAUGCCGCUGACGAUGGCGAGUACUUUGAGCUCGCGUGGUCGCUCCGGCUGGAGCUCGCCGGCGAUGGGCUGCGGACUAGCCUUCGACCGGAGCUCCGGGUGUACGACGUGGUGUUCACGGAGCGGACCCACGGCGAGGUCUCGCGCAAGCUCCUCGACGUCGUCCGGCCGCUCUGCUCGCUCACUGAUCUGCAGCGGCAGGUCUUCUCCCGCGAGCGGUCGUCGUUCAUUGACUUGCUCUACAUCCUUGACGGGCUGCGGGUGGUCGACAUCCACGGGCGCGAGCUGUUCGAGUUCCCCAUGCCGGGCUUUGGCGGCUCGACCUCGCUCGAGUCGCUGCGGCGGCUGCUGCGAAUCCUCCUGCAGCGGCUCGACGGAAGGUCAGCCAACGAGCUGGCCGCUGUCGACGCCGCCGUGGCGAGCGUCUCGCAUCUAGAGGCGCUCAAGGCUGUCGACGAACUGGUCGUUGGCUCGCCGCUUCUUGCGAGUACAAAGACGUACGACGUGCUCAAGCUCCUCCUCGCACCGAAUCUCGUGCACUGCGCCAUGACGCUCCGGGCCCAGCUCUACGACGCGCACCCGUACAUGGAUGCCAAGGGCUCGAAUGGGUAUGCCAUCACGGUGGUGCUCGCGCCCAACGAGGUGGUCCAUGUCAUCCAGGCCAAGAAGCAGCGCGCGUAUGACGCCGACGAGAGCCAGUUCUUUGAGUUUGGCUGGGCGCUCUCGCUGCGGCUUGCCGGCACCGACCUUCGCGCCGCGUUUUCGCUCCUCGACAUCACCUUUUCGCCGCACACCUCGACCCACGUCCGACAGUCGCUCAAGUCGCGGUUGCGGCGGAUCGCCAAGACCCGCCCGUUUGGCUGCUCGCAGUCUGACGAUGGCCACAUCGAUCCACGGACGUAUCUCACGCCGGUCGCCGACCACCUCGGCGUAUCGUCGGUCCGGCCUUUUCCGCUCCUUUACGUCCUCCGCUCGCUCCGCGACUGCCUCCCCGACUCGUUUGCGCUUGACGGCGACGAGCCGUUCCAUCCCAUCGGCGGGCGCGCACUGCUCGACGUCGUCACCGACGCGCUCGAGGGCCUCCGGUUCAUCCCCUCGGUCUACCUCGACACCGGCGCCGACUCGGCGAGCGACCUCGGCUCGAUGUUCUCGGCGCUCCGCGAAGCGCUAGCAGCGUCGGCCUCCAGCGACGACGCCCCGGUCCAUGCCAACAGCCUCGGCGAUCCCCCCACAGCGUCGACGGUCUCAGCCGCCUCGUCUACCGCCUCGACACACUCUGCAUAUUCGUCUGCCACAGACCCGGGCUCGGCCGCGUCGUCCGGCUCAGCCGCGUCGUCGGCCUCGUCCUCGGGCACCAGCUCAGACUCGGACUCGUCGCUAUCAGGCUCAUCGCCGCAGAUCAAGAGCCGCCAAAUGUGAUUUCAUGGUG